UAAGCAGAGCAAAAAAAAAUAAAUUUUUUUGUUUAAAUAUUCGAUAAUAUUUGUGUAAUAUUUAGAAUUUUCUAAUAUUGAAGUUUCACACUUCAAUAAGUAAAAAUGUCACAAAACGUUGGUGGCGUUGGUGUUAGUGCUCCUUCAGCCUCAUCGCUAGGAGUGUCACGAAGAAGAGAUUUACCUACUGAAACAAAUGCUGGUGUUAUUGGAACUUCAGCAUCUGCUCGCUUCGGUGAUACUGAAUGGGAAGCACGAGAAUCCCAAAGGCAACGUGAGCUUGAAGAAGCCAGAGCUCGUGCAGUGCAAAUGGAAAAAACUAUGAAAUGGUGGUCUGAUUGUACAGCGAAUUGGCGCGAAAAAUGGAGUAAGGUACGUAACGAACGUAACAAAGCAAGGGAGGAAGCAAAACAACUGCGAACAAAUCUUGAUUUAGCAAUGAAAGAAGCAAAUUCAUAUAAACGCGAGAAAAAUGAUCUGGAAAUGCAGAUUACACAACUUAAAAAAGAAAUGGAAAAGGUGCACACACUGAUGAUGAAACAUGCUGGACAAUUCCAUAAAGCAGGUUUGGGAGAUACAGGUGAAGAAGCAGAAGCUAAUGGACGUGAUGCGAACUGUUCGCCAGACAUUUCAUCCGAUGGUCUCAAAAAUGUUAAUAGUGAAGAUGGCUUAGUCACAAAAGUAAUCAGUAAUGAUAUGAAAGAUCUUGAUAUAGAGGAGUUUGUGCUUAAAGGUGCCGUUCCUAAGAAUUUGAGUGAUAUGGAUGACGUGGCAGCCGAGGAGAAACGUUUAAUUCAGCAACUAUCAAAGGAUGAUUUUGAUGAGGAAUAUUUGUUGCAGAAGAUCUCAAUGUUACAAUUACGUUUAGAUGAAGCACAAAAAACUGUGCAGGCUGAAAGAGAUGAAAAGAGUUUAUUACACAAAAAUAUUGAAAAAUUAACACUUGAAGUACAAGAAUUACGUGAUCGUCAGGAAGAAUUGAGAGCAGCUAAACAGGAAGCGGUACGUGAACUGCUCACAUUACAAGAACAACAUCGCGCUGAAAUGCGUAUAGUAAACAAUUCACUUCAGGAAGAAGUGUCCUCACGUGAAAAUCUUGAAAGACGUUUGGGAGAGUUACGUACAGAAUUGGAACGUUUACAAGCUGAGAAUGCUUCCGAAUGGGGUAAACGUGAACGUUUAGAAACGGAAAAACUUGCCAUGGAACGCGAUAAUAAAAAAUUGCGUGCUGAAUUACGUGAUUUUCAAGAGCGUUCUGAUCGAAAAGGUCGUCCAAUGCAAGCAAAUGAUGUUGAAGUACGCGCAUUGCAACAGGAAUUGUCUGAUAGAAAUAAGGAAAUUAGUGAAAUGAAAAUAUCACACUCAAAACUUAAAAAGCUGCUUUCAGAAACAAAUACCGAAUUGGGUCAUGCCGCGAGAAGAGCUGAACAAUAUGAAGCGGAGGUUAAAAGAUUGCGUCAAAGAGUUGAAGAAUUGAAACGAGAAUUAGCAGGAGCAGAAGAUGAAUUAGACUCUGCAGUCAAUCAAGUACGUAGAUUGCAACGUACAAAUGAUGAAUUGGUUGGCCAGAGUGAAGGAUUACAAGUGCAAAUACAACAUUUACAAACAAGACGUGCACCAAGUCCACAAAUGCGCAUAACAACUGGUGUGCAAUUACGCAAUAAAAUUGCCGUUGAAAUUCCAAGUGAUUGUUUGCCAAAUAUUAAUGAUCUACGACAAAUAUUUGAUGAUGCACAAUCUGCACAACGUCAUUCUUCCAAUGGUAUGGAUUCUUCGUCAAAGCGUUCAAGUCAUACUGAACGAACUUUAAUGCAACAAAAUAGCGCAUUUUUUGAUGCGAAACCAUCACAUUUGGAAGAGAAUAUAUUUGAAUCGAAAUCGCGUAAUUUAGAAUUUGAACGUGCCAAGCAAAAAUUUGAUAAUCCAUCACACUUGCAUCACCAACAUCAUCACCACCAGCGCGAGCAACGCGAACGUUUAUCCGGAAGAUUUACAUCGUCUGGUAAUCAACAGUCAAGCAAUAGGGCUAACCUAGCGCUACCGUUGAAAGGUACCACCGCUUCACUUUGUGGUAACACAAAUUCAAAUCUAACCAAAGACGAUAUCAAUCGGCAAUUGUUUGAUGAUCAUUCGCAUUCCUCAACGGUUGGUGGUGGUAAUGUCGGUGCAGGAAGUAUUGGUGGCGGUAAUAUGCAAUAUCAGAAAAAAGAUAAUUCCAUUAGUAGUAGUACUGGUGGUAGCUAUUCAAGAAACAGUAUUAAUUUAGAUGGUCUUAAGGUAUCCGAUGAUGAGACUCCGUAAUUAUGGUUCCACGAGUUUAUUACUUGAUGACGAAUUGGAGGAAAAUAGUGACGAAGGAAUUUAAUAGAAUUUAUUAUCUAAAAU